GGGCGGGCGGCUGCAGGGUCCCGCACUCCCCGCGCCUCGCACAUUCGCAGCGGCAGCUCGCGCGCAGUGCGGUGUCGCCCGGCGGUGCGCUCGCUCCUCCCCUCCUCCUCCCGCUCCGUGGAUCCCGCGUUCCCAGAGGCUCAGGCGCCGAGUGCGCGGACGGGCACGCGAACAGACGGCCCAGGGGACGCCUCGGCCCGCACCUCCCAGGCGGGCUAUGUUGAUUGUCCUACCGGGGUCGGCCCGCGGGAUCAGCACAGCUCGGCCCGCGGCCCCGGUGACGAGGGGGGACUAUGAACCGGAAAGCGCGGCGCUGCCUGGGCCACCUCUUUCUCAGCCUGGGUAUGGUCUACCUCCGGAUCGGUGGCUUCUCCUCGGUGGUAGCUCUGGGCGCGAGCAUCAUCUGUAACAAGAUCCCAGGCCUGGCUCCCAGACAGCGGGCGAUCUGCCAGAGCCGGCCCGACGCCAUCAUCGUCAUAGGAGAAGGCUCACAAAUGGGCCUGGACGAGUGUCAGUUUCAGUUCCGCAAUGGCCGCUGGAACUGCUCUGCGUUGGGGGAGCGCACCGUCUUCGGGAAGGAGCUCAAAGUGGGGAGCCGGGAGGCUGCCUUCACCUAUGCCAUCAUUGCUGCUGGCGUGGCCCAUGCCAUCACAGCCGCCUGCACCCAGGGCAAUCUAAGUGACUGUGGCUGCGACAAGGAGAAGCAAGGCCAGUACCACCGGGAUGAGGGCUGGAAGUGGGGUGGCUGUUCGGCCGACAUCCGCUAUGGCAUCAGCUUCGCCAAGGUCUUCGUGGAUGCCCGGGAGAUCAAGCAGAACGCCAGGACGCUCAUGAACCUGCACAACAAUGAGGCGGGCCGGAAGAUCCUGGAGGAGAACAUGAAGCUGGAGUGUAAGUGCCACGGCGUGUCAGGUUCCUGUACCACCAAGACCUGCUGGACCACGCUGCCACAGUUCCGAGAGCUCGGCUAUGUGCUCAAGGAUAAGUACAACGAGGCUGUACAUGUGGAGCCUGUGCGUGCCAGCCGCAACAAGCGGCCCACCUUCCUGAAGAUCAAGAAGCCACUGUCAUACCGCAAACCCAUGGACACGGACCUGGUGUAUAUUGAGAAGUCACCCAACUACUGUGAGGAGGACCCAGUGACGGGCAGCGUGGGCACGCAAGGUCGCAUCUGCAACAAAACAGCCCGCCAGACCAGUGGCUGUGACCUCAUGUGCUGCGGCCGUGGCUACAACACCCACCAGUAUGCACGGGUGUGGCAGUGUAACUGCAAAUUCCACUGGUGCUGCUAUGUCAAGUGCAACACCUGCAGUGAGCACACCGAGGUGUACACGUGCAAGUGAGCCUAAGACAGCACUGCAUGCGCCCUCAAGUCAGGUCCACUGUGGGGAGGACCAGAGUCCAGCUGCACUCACCCUGCAGGUCACUUCCCAGAUCAUCAUAGGGAACAGCAGGAAUGCUGAGCUUGUCUUUCCUGCUGUAGAGGCUCCUGUGCAGUUUCCUGCUGACACUUUGGGGAAAGGGCUCUCCAGAGCCCUAAGGAUUCUAGUACAUACUCAGCCUGCUCCACCCUACCCCAGACACUGCCUGGGCCUCCUCACUGCAGCAGAGCCUACGACAGCAGGAACCCUGGAUCCUUGGGCCUCAUCAAGCAAUAUUUAACAAUUUUGAUUUUUAAAAUAAUAUUAAUUUAUUUAAUUAAAAAGAAUCAGUCCACCUCAUUGAGAUCCGUUUUCUGCAAAGUGGACUGGCUGCUUUCUUUGCAGGAAAAUUUUGUCACUGGAACAAGGAGCCAACCAGAACUGUACAUAAUUAUUCUUUAUUAAGAUAUUUCUACUAGCUGAUUCUGCAAGUAUCCACUGCAUUAGAUGUUUAAGUACAGAGCAGAUGUCAUAUAUAUAUAAAAGCUGGUCCAAGUUUGGAGAUGUUUUUCACAAUACGUUUCCCAUUCUUUAGUCCUACCUGACUCAUACUUCACCAUUAGAAAAAAUUUGAUUUGGAAUACAUAGAAAAGGGAAAGAUAAUAAAAGCAAUUUACAUCUUUUGGAAAGUGAGCCACUGGAUAGGAGAGAAUGUUUUGUAAGAGACUAUUUUUAUAUGAAUAUUUUAUUUAUUUUGCAUCUGGCUGCAUCAUUCUGUGGCCUGGGCUUCUUAAUUCCAGGACUUGCUUUGUGGUAAGGAAAGACAAGGCCCGGGUGUGGAGUCAGCUCCCACGAGGACCCUCACACAGCUGGGUUUUCAAGUUCUGUGAUCAAAUUGGCAAAAGUGGCCAUGGAUGCCUGGGCUGUUGUGCCAUUGGUAUUACCUGGGAAAGGAAUUAGAUCUUCAGUCUCAGCCUAUUAAGCUCAGGCUUUAAGAGCAAGGUCACUGAGCGGUGACCUCAUGACUAGCCAUUUGGUGGGCAGAUCUGUGCAUUGGGACGAUCACAGGGACUUGGUCAUGGCCACUUGGCAGAAGCCAGCUCAGGGAACCUACUCCUCACCAGAAUACCCCUGAAUUGCUGAGUGCCCUGGACGGGUAGGAGUAAGUCAUAGUCCUCAGUUAUAAGGCAAAAAAGCUGGGGUGAGAGCUCCCAUGAGCAGCUGGGUUUCCUGGAUGUCACAGCCCCAGGGCAGACUGUCAGAGAAAGGUAUGGAUGAAACCUCUCUGCCCUGGGUCGUCCUCCUUCUUCCAGUGCCUCUCUACUUUGGAAGCUUUCCUUAAGAAGGCUAUGGGUGUUCUGUAUCCGUGUGUGUGUGUGUGUGUGUGUGUGUGUGUGUGUGUGCACGCAUGUGCAGCUUUAGGGAGUCUUGGGGUAGUUAUGUGACUUUGUGCUUUCAGGUAUCUCUUGUGUGCUUCUGUGUGUACCCAAUUAUCUGUUUCUCUCCAUGUGUGUGCCUGAAAGAUUUGGAGUGGUGUAUGCACAUGGGUGUGUGCCUGUGUAUCUCUGCUUGCAGUGCAGGGCAGAUGGUGUUGAGUCAAACUAUAGGGACCUUUGGUGAUUGUGUUGAGCCACCACGAGAAGGCAUUUCUGAACUCCAUGCCCACAGGUACUCCUAAGAUCACAGUCCCAUGGCCCCAUGCACUAGGAGCCUCUCCAUAUCUAGGCUGUAUUGGACACUCCAGUGUCAGCACUGGGCCUGGAUCACAGCAUAGACAAAUAAAAUGGCUGGACAGUU